CCCACUAGAGAGAAGCAAGUACCGCGACACGCGUCGUCACACGAAUAGACAGAGUGUCUCUGUGUGCGUAAGUGACGAGAGCAGGAGGGGUGUAAAACGCUAGUGUGCGCUCAAAAUCACGUUACUGCUUCUCCACGUUCUUUUCCGCUUGGUCUCGUGCAAGUGAGUGAUAUUAACCAUCAACCAUGGGAAAGCGCAAUAAUAUGAUCCCAAAUGGUCAUUUCCAUAAGGAUUGGCAACGAUUUGUAAAAACCUGGUUUAAUCAACCAGCUAGAAAGAUACGACGCAAGCAAACUCGUGUUAAAAAAGCAAGAGCCCUUGCUCCUAGACCGGUAAAUCUUCUGAGACCUGUGGUGCAUUGUCCAACAUUCCGCUAUCACACUAAAGUUCGUGCUGGUAAAGGAUUCACAUUAGCUGAGCUGAAAGCCAGCGGUUUGAAUAAGAGAUUUGCCCGAACGAUCGGCAUCGCGGUGGACCCGCGUCGUCGCAACAAAUCCAUUGAGUCUUUGCAAACGAAUGCACAACGUUUGAAAGAAUACAAAGCCAAGCUGAUACUCUUCCCGACGAAUGAAAAGAAGCCACAGAAGGGUUGCGCAACUGAGGAAGAGAUGAAGUUGGCAACUCAAAUGAAAGGAGACCCGAUGCCAAUACGGCAUCAGGCACCUGCUAAAGCGAAAGCACGGUCUGUAACUGAGGACGAAGCUAAGUUCUCAGCAUACGUGACCCUCCGGAAAGCAAGAGCAGAUGCGAGACUAGUAGGUAUUCGUGCGAAACGAGUUAAGGAUGCCGCAGAUAAUCCGGAUGACCUAACUAAAGUUGCUAAGGAUAAGAAGGUUAAGAAGUAAUUUUCAUAAUUUUCGUUUAUGGAAAUAAAAAGGGAAAAAAUAAACUCUGUAACGGAUAAA